AUGUGGCCACGGUUUCUGAGCAGCUCGUAUCCAAUGGAGCGACAUUAUUUUCUGUUGCCCAAGUUUGCGCUCAGCUUGAUUGGCUUCUAUCCGGAACAGAAGCGCACUUGGGCGCUCCGUGCCUGGAGUUUCUUUAACUUCUUCAUACUCACCUACGGCUGUUAUGCCGAAGCGCAUUAUGGUAUUCAUCAGAUACCGAUAAACAUUGCCUUGGCUUUGGAUGCACUUUGUCCGGUGGCUUCGAGCAUUUUGUCCUUGCUCAAGAUGGUGGCAAUUUGGUGGUAUCAGGAUGAGUUCAAGUGGUUGAUCCAAAGGAUUCGUAAGCUCACAGAACAACAGAGAUCAGAGCGUAAAUUGAGCUACAAGCGACGCUUCUAUACGCUGGCCACCAGGUUGACCACGCUGCUGCUCUGCUGUGGCUUCUGCACCAGCACUUCGUACUCGGUGCGGCAUCUGUUGGAUAAUAUGUUGAGGCGGGCGCAUGGCAAGGAUUGGAUUUAUGAGACGCCGUUUAAGAUGAUCUUUCCAGAUGCCUUGUUGCGCCUGCCUUUGUAUCCGCUGAUCUAUAUGCUUGUCCACUGGCAUGGCUACAUUACUGUGGUGUGCUUUGUCGGUGCCGAUGGCUUCUUUUUGGGCUUCUGUUUGUAUCUGACAGUGUUGUUGUACUCACUGCGCGACGAUGUCUGCGAUUUGUUGGCCCUAAAGGAGAAUGCUCCGAUGCCAACUCCCCAGCAGGAGCUGCGCAUUGUGCGUCGCAUGGAGCAGCUGGUGGAUCGUCACAACGAGAUUGCCGAGUUGACGGAGCGCUUGUCGGGCAUCAUGGUCGAGAUUACGCUGGGACACUUUGUCACCUCCAGUCUGAUUAUUGGCACCAGCGUCGUGGACAUGCUGCUGUUCUCGGGCGUGGGCAUCAUUGUAUAUUUGGUCUACACGUGCGCUGUGGGCACUGAAAUCUUUUUAUACUGUCUGGGCGGAACCUACAUUAUGGAAGCGUGUUUGGAGCUAUCGAGAAGCACUUUCAGCAGCCAUUGGCAUGGACACAGCGUGCGUGUGCAGAAGAUGACGCUUCUCAUGAUUGCCAGAGCUCAGCGCGUGCUCAUCAUUAAGAUACCUUUCUUUUCGCCAUCCCUGGAAACACUCACUUCGAUUUUACGCUUUACGGGUUCACUCAUUGCGUUGGCCAAGUCGGUGAUUUAGAAACAGAG